UUUAAAUAGCUCUCUGGUGUGUGUAGACAGUGCCAGUCAGCCGGGAUAGCCAGUGUGUGUACAUAGAGAACAUCGCCGGGUCAUUGCUGAACUUGCUGGACAACUGACAGCAGAAUGCUUACAGCCAAGGCUAUCCUCCUGCAAGCUAUGGGGAGCAACCAUAAGGUGUGUCGGAAUUUAUUUGGCCCAGUGGACCAUGAGCAGCUGAAGAAUGACUAUGAGAAUAAUAUGAAGAGUGAGGUUGAAAAGGCUACACAAAAGUGGAACUUUGACUUUGCCAAUAACUCUCCUCUGCCAGGAGAUUACAAAUGGGAAAGAACGGGAUACAGAAAAUCAGAGAAUACUGCAGAAACUGACAAGGAAAAUAUAUGCCAGGAAAGGCCCACAGCAGAUAGUCCUUUUUUAUGUGAACGAUGCCAAAACUCUGAGAGCAUUGACUCCAGUGGUAGAAAACGGAAACAAACACUAAUCACAGACUACUAUAACGUAAAACGUAGACGUUCCUCUUCUUCUCCUCCAAGAUGUUCUAAACCUUGAUUGGCCAUGGUCCAAACUUUCUACAGGUUUAUUUUCUCCAACAUGCUUCCUCAAGAGAGGCAAAUAAUACAGACGUCCAUAUCUCACUUUCAGGAAACAAGAUCUGCCAUUCUGCAUACACAGAGACAAUACCUACCGGUAGAUUAUAACAUUUUCUCGUAGCUGGAUGUCUUUAUGCACUUUGCACAAACGCCAGAGACAUAACUAUCUCGAGCGCUUAACCCAUCGACUGCAUCAGUAACAUAAAUGUUAUUUCAAGCAGAUCAUUUGUUUAAAACUCUUUUUUUUGGAAUGAUUUGUUAUUGGUUUUUUUUUACACAAAAAAAACAUUCACGUGAUAUCUAAAAAUCAUUUAUGUAUUUAAAAAUGGUAUG